CGGCGGCGGCGGCGGCGGCAGCAAGAGGGCUGGGGUUGGGAGGCUGCGGGACGCGGGUCGGGCCACCGCGCGACAACUUCGGGUCCCAGAGAGGCUGCAGCGCAGCCGGGCAUCGGACUCGGUGCACCUCCCUGGUGCGCGCUUCUCCGCGCGCGGCCCCGAUGCUGGACAUGAGCGAGAUCCGCGCCCAGCCGCCCUGCAGCCCAUCUGGCACUGCUAGCUCCAUGUCGCACGUGGAGGACUCGGACUCGGACGCGCCGCCGUCGCCUGCCGGUUCCGAGGGUCUGGGCCGUGCGGCGGGCGCGGGGGGCGGCGGCCGGGGCGACGCAGCCGAGGCGGCGGACGAGCGCUUUCCCGCCUGCAUCCGCGACGCCGUGUCGCAGGUGCUCAAGGGCUACGACUGGAGCCUGGUGCCCAUGCCGGUGCGAGGCGGCGGCGGCGGUGCGCUCAAGGCCAAGCCGCACGUGAAGCGGCCCAUGAACGCCUUCAUGGUGUGGGCGCAAGCAGCGCGCCGCAAGCUGGCGGAUCAGUACCCGCACCUGCACAACGCCGAACUGAGCAAGACGCUGGGCAAGCUGUGGCGCUUGCUGAGUGAGAGUGAGAAGCGCCCCUUCGUGGAGGAGGCAGAGAGGCUGCGGGUCCAGCACAAGAAGGACCACCCAGAUUACAAGUACCAGCCGCGCCGGAGGAAGAGCGUGAAGACUGGCCAGAGCGACUCAGACUCAGGCGCCGAGCUGGGCCACCACCCGGGCGGUGCCGUCUACAAGACUGACGCCGGCCUCGGUGACGCACACCACCACGGUGACCACACAGGGCAGACCCAUGGGCCGCCCACCCCCCCCACCACCCCCAAGACUGACCUGCACCACGGGGGCAAGCAGGAGCUGAAGCUGGAAGGCCGCCGCCUGGUGGACAGCGGGCGCCAGAACAUCGACUUCAGCAACGUGGACAUCUCUGAGCUGAGCAGUGAGGUCAUCGGAAACAUGGACACCUUUGACGUCCACGAGUUCGACCAGUACCUGCCCCUCAACGGCCACUCAGCCCUGCCCACAGAGACGGGCCAGCCCGCGGCCGCCAGCUCCUACGGAGGCACCUCCUACUCACACUCCGGGGCGGGUGGCAUCGGGGCGUCCCCCGUGUGGGCCCACAAGGGAGCCCCGUCGGCCUCUGCGUCGCCCACUGAGGCAGGGCCCCCGAGGCCGCACAUCAAGACGGAGCAGCUGAGCCCCGGCCACUACAGCGACCAGUCGCACGGCUCUCCGGGGCACACCGACUACAGCUCCUACAGCGCUCAGGCCAGUGUCACCACGGCCGCCUCCGCCGCGGCCGCCAGCUCCUUCACCAGCUCACAGUGCGACUACACCGACCUGCAGGCCCCCAACUACUACGGCCCUUACCCCGGCUACCCAUCUGGCCUCUACCAGUACCCCUACUUCCACUCGCCCCGCCGACCCUACGCCUCGCCCCUGCUCGGUGGCCUCUCCGUGCCGCCUGCCCACAGCCCCCCCAGUAACUGGGAGCAGCCCGUGUACACCACCCUGACCAGACCCUGAGGGUGCAGCCGCGUGGACGGGCUGCGGCCGAGGACAACCUUGAUCUCGGCAAAGAUAGACCUCCGAGGGCUUCCAGAAGGUGUGUGACGUGGGGAGGAGCCGCGGCUCCGUCAAGUGCCUGCUGAGGUCCGCGGGAAGCCAGGCUUUGUAAACGAGUCCCCUCUGCUUCCAGACUUCCAAACUCCCGUCCAUGGACAAAGCCCUCCUUCCCUUCUCUCUCUCUUUUUGCGGGGACUGCGACUCUGACGGACAGUCACUGGGUCCCUCUUCUGAGCAGACGCCAGCGUCUGGGUUUUGCAUCUCAGUGUCUGCAAAGCAGCAGCCACAGCACAAAGGACAAAAGGAGGGAAGAAGUGUGGGGUCCCCAGGCCACCCGUGUUCCGAGGUCCUGGCCAGCCUCGGCGCUGAGAACUCCCCAGGACCAAUGGAUGACGUUCCUGAGGCCGGUAAUCACCCGUCACCCACAGCCUGGCGGGGAUGUGUCCGUGGGAGCACCUCUCGGGACCAGCCCUUUAGACCUGAGGUGUUCCUUGUAGUUAGGGUUCUUCCGAGCAAGGUUUGGCUGUGAUUAACACUUCUCUCUUUUUAUUUUAUUUUUUAAAUUUUUAUUUUUGAAGCUUCAAUGUGUUUGAUUUGUUUUGAAAGCUGUUAAAAUGUAUUUAUGUUCUGUAUUAUUUUAUCUUUAAUUAAUGAAGUAAUCUGUGCAGAGAGCAGAAUUUAAGACAAAACGGAAGCCGCAGAGCUGAGGGUGAAGGCCGGGGGUGGAGGCAGAUGGGGUGGGGCCCUUGCUCCAGGCAUUUGGGAGCCUGGCUGUUUGGGAGGCAUCAGGCAGAGCCCCAGCUCCAGGCCCCCUGGAGGUGGCCGGAACCCCGAGGCAGGAGAAGGGAUUUGUCUUGUGGUGUCUCUGAUCAGCUUGGGGUGCCCCUGGCACCCGGCAUUAAGAAGGUUUAGAAGGCAGGGUCGCUGAAUUUCAUUCCUGCUCACAACCGUGCCAAGUGGUGGAGGCGGGAAUUUCCUGGGACGUGGUGGCUCCAGAAAUGCAUUAAUCUCGGGUCUUAGGAACCAGGCGCCACCUACAAGCUGUGAAACUAAAACCUCCACUAAGCGCUUUUAGAUUCUUAGUUUUAGAAGAAUAAUACCUGAUUUCCCUGUCCUGCUUCCGCUGUGUGCUGAGCGAUGAUAACCGCCUACUUCAUGGAAAAUUGUGCCUUUAAAACUUUGUAAAUUUAAGUACAUCUGAGAUGUUGCUUCUUUUUACUUUUUCUACUUUUUCCUACCAUUUUCUAGAAAAAAAUUUUUUGUUUUGCAUAUCUCUUCCUGGGGGUGGGGGCAGGGAACUACAGCAAACUCAUUUUUAUGCAAUCUAUUUUUCGGUGUCAAGUUUGGACUUUCGCUGUCACUUACCUGCUGUGUUUCGCUACUUUCUGACCAAGCAAUGCUAACUUUUG